CUAUAUUUCUCUUUCUAUAAAGGCAAGCCCACCAAGCCAAGAAGUCUCCCCUCUCCCCCCCCUUCCCCUUUACCUUUCUCAAAACACCAUGUCUGAUCCUUACACAAACUUCCACUCCCAACACUGGCUCAAACUCCACCACUUUCCUCCUCCAAACACCUCUACUACUUUUCACUUUUCCCAAACUACCCCUCCUUCUCCUCCUCUAAGAGAAGCCCUUCCUCUCCUAACCCUAGGUCCAGCCAGACACAAUGAAAAUAAUGGUCAAGAAGAAGAAGGAGAUGAAGGAGUGACAGUGGCACUUCACAUAGGGCCACCAAACCCUAGUGCUUCUGAUCUGCAGGCUGCUGCUUCUUGGUCUUGCUCAGUAACUCAGGAUAAUUAUAAAGAUGGUCGUAAUCAGCAGCAGGAUAUAAAUGAAGAUGAAGAGGAUGAUUGCGGUGUUGAGUGCCUUCCCUAUAUGAUGAACAAACUCAACAAAGGCCAGUAUUGGAUUCCUACUCCUUCGCAGAUUCUCAUUGGCCCAACCCAGUUUGAAUGUCCUGUUUGCUUCAAGACCUUCAACAGAUACAACAACAUGCAAAUGCAUAUGUGGGGGCAUGGGUCCCAGUACAGAAAAGGGCCAGAGUCUCUCCGGGGAACUCAACCCACCGGAAUGCUGAGGCUUCCAUGCUACUGCUGCGCGGCGGGGUGCCGGAACAACAUCGAUCACCCAAGAUCCAAGCCGCUCAAGGAUUUCAGGACCCUGCAAACGCAUUACAAGCGGAAGCACGGGGUCCGGCCCUUCACGUGCCGGAAGUGCGGCAAGGCCUUCGCCGUGAGGGGCGACUGGAGGACCCACGAGAAGAACUGCGGCAAGCUCUGGUACUGCAUCUGCGGCUCUGAUUUCAAGCACAAGAGGUCGCUUAAGGAUCACAUUAAGGCCUUUGGAGAUGGCCAUGGAGCUUACGGGGAUGAUGGGUUUGAAGAGGAGGAGGAUCCUGCUUCCGAGAUUGAACAAGAUGGUGAACCUAAUUCAAUUCAUCGAUGAUAUGAUCCAUCUCAGAUCUCAUAUGGCUCCUGGCCGGGCCUGCCUAGACUACUUAUAUAUGCAAUGUCUGAUCUGUUAAAAGAUGCUGUAUGAAUUGUCAUCUUUAACUUUAUUUAAUUUUAAUUUGGAGCUAGCUACUUCAAUUCAAUUUGAUUCUUCGUUAA